GUCAGCGGUGAUCAGUGGUUGGUGUCGUGUACGAUAGUGAUAGAUAGUGUAGUCAAGUGUGGUUGAGUUGAGUGUUUUACGGUGCCGGUGACGGUGCGUGUUGGUUAAAGUCGACGGUGAGACGUCGCCAGAAUGGGUCCCGUAUUUUAUGUCAUCUACGUCGCAUUGUUGUCCACGUACGCGAGCGCGAGCACAGACACGAAUACGCGGCGAACGAAAGUCAGCCUGGUGGAACAACUGAACGAGGAUAACUGGAAUCUUAUGCUUACUGGAGAGUGGAUGAUUGAGUUGUAAGUGCGACCGUGCACGUCGACAUCGUUGUGGUUGAUGUCGUGUCAAAAAUUGCCCGAAUUUGAUUUAAAUAUCAAUGUUGGAAAGAUAGACGUAACAGAUUCUCCAGGUCUUAGUGGCAGAUUUUUGGUUACAGCUUUGCCUACCAUAUAUCAUGUAAACGAUGGAAUAUUUAGGCAGUAUAAGAGUCCGAGAGAUAUAUCAUCAUUGAUCGAAUUUGUAUCUGAAAAGACAUGGACAAAAGUGGAUCCGAUAUCUAGUUGGAAAAAUCCAACUUCAUUCCACAUGUCAUUUUUAAGUCAAUUUUUUAAGUUAUCUCAAAUGUUACGUAAUAUCCACAAUCAACUUUUGGAAGAUGUUGGACUACCUGUGUGGGGUAGUUACUUGAUUUUUGCUGCUGCAACAGUUGUUUUAGGCACAAUAUUAGGACUGCUUGUUGUGUGUUUGAUUGACUUCUUUUUCCCACAAAAACCGGCACAGCAACAAGGCAAGAAGAAACAGACUGGUGCAACAGAUAGUGCUAUUCAAGAGAAAAAUUCAGACGAGGAUGAAAUUGCAGAAAACAUUGGGGAUGAUUUAAUAGAUGAAGAAGAAUCUGAAACAGAGGAGCCUGAAACGAAGGAAUCUGAAGCAAAGGAAUCUGAAACAAAGGAAUCUGAGAUGAAUGAAGUAGAAACGAGUGAGAAAGAUAAAGACAGUAAAGCUGAUACCAGUAGUCCUAAUAUUCGCAAGCGUAAGCCACGCAAGGCUGACUAGAGAUUAAUUCGUUUGAUGUAAAUAUUCAGCAAACAUAAAUUAAUUGUGACUAGCCCUUGGUGGUAUUCUCCCAAAGUCAUUCCUGUGCAUUGAAAUGAGUCGAUGCAACAUACUAUUGUUAUUUCACAUCUCAAAAUAUGGAUAAGUGAUAUGGAUUAUCCAAGGGAACGAUUUAUAGAUGUUUGUCGUCUCUUGUAUGUUAAAAAAUUCCAGUGAAUGAAAUUCAAAAUAUCAUUGCCUAUAAAAAUUUUCUUAUCUACAAAUAUUGGAAACUAUCUACAUUUUGGAAAUGCAAAUGUAUACUUCAGAUAUUAUUCAGUAAAAUUUUAGGAGCUAGCAGGCGUUCCUGCUGUCAAAUGUUCUCAGGGCUUAAUAAUUUCGUUGAAGCAAUGAGAAUAUAUAAAUAUAUUGGAAGGACUUUUUCAAGAUCGUGACAUACGUUUCAGAUAUUUUAACAAGUUUAUUAUACAAUAGUUGAAAAUUUUUGAAAUGGCAAAAAAUGUUUGAUUAUGAUAUAUUUACUUUUUGUAUACAUUUUCUAUAAAACGUUUGAGACUGCAG